AUGUCAUUAGAAGUGCACAAUAAUCUUUUGAAAAAGAUAUCGCCAGCAUUAAUGAAAACUAGUUUAAGGAAGCCACUAACACCAGAACAAUGUUUAUUAAUAACAUUGAGGUACCUAGCUGGGGAAGAAUCCAUACAAUCUAUUGCGUUACAUUACCGUGUGGGUGAAUCAACAGUUCGUGCAAUAAUUAUUGAAACUUGCUCAGUUCUCAUUGAUGUAUUGUCACCCAUUUAUCUACAACAACCUGAACAAAAUGAUUGGUUCCAUAUUUCCAAAGGAUUCAAUGAUACUUGGAACAUGCCUAACUGCGUAGGAGCUAUAGACAGCAAACACAUUUUAAUUCAAGCACCCCCUAAUUCCGGAUCAUUGUAUUUUAAUUAUAAAAAGACAUUUAGCAUUGUUCUCUUGGCUGCGUGUGACCACGAAUAUAAAUUUACACUGGUAGAUAUUGGAGCUUAUGGAAGUGAAAGUGAUGGUGGAAUUUUUAGUAGAUCAGAAAUAGGUCAAGCAAAUAGGAGAUACUUACCAAGGCAAUAUACUAAUUUUGAAGAUAAUGAAGAAAAUAUGGAAGAUCAAACUGCAUACAAUCGUAUGUUAUCUUUAGCAGCUACUGUUGCUCAUCGAGCUACUAUUGAGGCUAAUAGACAACGUGAUAAUUUAGCUACUUGGAUGAAUAGCCCACAUGGUGAAGUAUCGUGGCAAUACGAUUAUAUUUCUAGGGGAACGUAUAGAGACAAUCAUUAA